AUGGUUGUUUAUAAAAAAAAAAAAAGAACAGCAUCAUUACCUAUUGAAAAACGUCAAUAUGAAGAAAAAUUAGAUGUAUCACGUUAUGCACGAUUUUUUCUAGUACUUAUUCUUAAUGAUUUAUUAUCUGAAAAAGCAGCACAACAAUUAGCUGAUGAACAUAUGGAUCAAAUAAGACGUGAUCAAUAUUGUAUUUUUGUACUUGGCCGAUCACCAUUUUACAAAUGCAAAAGCAACACAUGA